AUGUCGGACACGCAGAUGGAAUACCUUCGCCUGGGUAACUCGGGCCUGAAGAUCUCCAAGAUCAUCCUGGGUACCAUGUCCUAUGGCAGCAAGCAAUGGCAAGACUGGGUUCUGGAUGAAGAGGAAUCCCUGCCGCUGAUCGAACACGCCUAUAAGAGGGGCAUCAACACCUGGGACACUGCGGAUGUUUAUUCGCACGGCCGAUCCGAAGAGGUUGUUGGCAAGGCCCUGAAGAAGUACAACAUCCCGCGUAACCGCGUCGUGAUCUUGACCAAGUGCUUCUACGGCGUCGACGACGAGGGCAAAUUCCCGCCUAUCGCCGCGUCCGCCCGUAAUGAUGGCGACUUCGUUAAUCGCGUUGGACUGUCGCGCAAGCACAUCCUCGAUGCCGUGGACGCCAGCGUGAAGCGGCUGGGCACCUACAUCGAUGUGUUGCAGAUCCACCGUCUCGACCGUGAGACUCCUCGCGAGGAGAUCAUGAAAGCUCUCAACGAUGUUGUUGAGAGCGGAAAGGUGCGCUACAUCGGCGCCAGCUCGAUGGCCGCUUGGGAGUUCCAAACCCUCCAAAACAUUGCCGCUCGCAAGGGUUGGCACCAAUUCAUCUCGAUGCAGAACUACCACAACCUCAUCGCACGCGAGGAAGAGCGCGAGAUGAUUCCCUACUGUCUCGACAGCGGCGUCGGCCUCAUCCCGUGGUCCCCUAUGGCCCGCGGUGUCCUCGCCAGACCCUGGAACUCGCGCUCCACGGUGCGCGAGAACACCGAUGGAGCUCUGAAGGUGCUGGUCCGCAACCGCGAGACCGAAUCGGACAAAGAGAUCGGGGUGAGCAUGGCGCAGAUUGCGCUGGCCUGGUCCUUGAGUCACCCGAACGAGUGCCCCAUUGUUGGUCUGAGUAGCACUGCGCGUAUCGAUGAGGCUGUCGGCAGUCUGAAGGUGAAGCUCAGCGCGGAGGAGAUUCAAUAUCUGGAGGAGCCUUAUGUUGCCAAGGGACUUGUUGCGAUGGAGCGGUAA